AUGCAGCUAGACUUAGAAAAUAUUGAGAAGCAUUGCCAAGUGGAGAUUGACCAAUGGUUCCAUCUGGUGGACAGCCAAACAGUGUUGGGAGCUAUUCAGCGGGUUAGCUAUGGCUAUCAGUCCUUCUUUGCAAAUAGAAUUGGAGAGAUCCAGAGAACUACGCCUGUUAAAGACUGGUGGUGGAUCCCAGGUGACUUAAACAUUGCAGACAUUAUCACAAGGGGAUGCAGUCCAAAAGACCUCAAAGAAGAUUCUGCAUGGCAGAGAGGGCCAGUGUUCCUGAGAUGGCCAGUGGAAAAAUGGCCAAUGAAGUCAGCUGCUGAGGUUGCAAUUGCAGCAAGAGAGAGUAUUAACAAACUUCAGAGGAAAGCAUUUUCUUUAGUUCUUACCAGGAGCCUGGCCAAGGAAAAAGAGGGUGCAGUUUCCUUGAAGGAAUGUAAAGUAAUCGAUCAUAUGGAUGGAGGAAAAGCUGAAUCAUGGCAUUCCACUGUAGACUCCGGUACCUCUGCUAAGGGAAAGAAAAGGCAGAAAGAUGUUUCAUCAGGAGGGCUGUUUGAUGGUUUGGUAACAAGUAAGUUAAUCCAUGUGGAAAAAUUCAGCAGAUUGUCCAGAUUGGUAAGAGUUACUGCUUGGGUGCGUAGAGCGGUCAAGAAGUGGUUGGAAAUGAAAAGUAAGACCAUGAGUUCCUCAAAGUGGGAGGCAAAGUCUCUGGAAGAAGGGCUUAAAGAAGCUGUCUUGACAGGACAUGAACAGGAAAAUGCUUAUGCAGACCUCUUUCUAGCUGCCCAGGAGAAUGUGAUCUUUCCUAAUACUACCCUCAGCAGGUUGGCAGUGUACAAAGAUGGAAACCCUGGACUGUUAGUUUGUGGAGGAAGAAUUCAGAUCUUCAAUGAGGAUAAAACUGCAGUCCCAAUCUUACCAUAUAAUGCAUAUUUGUCUAAGCUUCUGGCUCAGGAAGCUCAUCAAGUAAACCAUGAAGGAGUGGCUGGAACUUUAAGGAUGAGAAGAAAAGCUUGGGUGGUAAAAGGCCGCAGAUUGGCUAAGAAAUCUGUCGACUGCUGUGUGACCUGCAGAAAGGCAAGGGCAAAGCAAUGCCAACAGAUUAUGGGAGACCUUCCAUCAGAGCGGUUUGAACCGGCUGCACCUUUUGAGUUUACAACUCUGGAUUUGUUUGGGCCUUAUGUAGUAAAAGAUGAGGUAAAGAAGAGGACGGGACUGAAAGUUUGGGGAAUUGUCUUCUGUUGUAUGGCAUCAAGAGCUAUCCAUACUGAUCUUGUUAGUAAUCAAUCAACAGAAGGAUUUAUGCUGGCAUACCAAAGAUUUACAGCUUUAAGGGGACAUCCAAGGAAAUUGUGGUCAGACUCUGGGUCAAAUUUUAUUGGGGCCAAGUCUGUUCUUGAAGAUCUUCACAGGUUCCUAGAACGACAAGACAAGGUAAAGUUAGAAAUUGAAGCAGCCAAGUAUAGCACAGAGUGGUCUUGGAAAAUUCAUCCUGCAGAUUCCCCUCAUAGAAAUGGAGCAGCAGAAGCAGCUGUCCGUCUGGUUAAGCGAGCCCUCCAGAAUCUGGGGUGUAAUGGAGUUAUGACAUGGGGGGAAUUUCAAACCUUUCUUUACACUGCAGCUAAUUUGGUCAAUGAAAGACCAAUUGAUGCAAGGACACAAAGUCGAGAAGACUGCGUGGAAUACGUAAGUCCAAACUCUCUUCUUCUGGGACGUACUGGGAAAAGAAGAGAUCAAGGAAGUUUUGAGUUUGAAGGUUAUCCAUACAAAAGACUAAGAGUUAUCCAGGAAAAUGUCAACAAGUUCUGGAGAAGAUGGUGUCAGUUAGCAGGGCCUAACCUAUUUGUAAGAAACAAGUGGCAUACUAAGGAGCGAAAUGUUGCUGUGGGAGAUGUGGUAUGGCUGGCUGACCAGAAUGCUUUAAGAGGCCAGUACAAGUUGGCCAGAGUCAUCUGUGUAAAUGUAGACAAGAAAGGAAUAGUAAGGGAUGUCAUGGUGAGAGCAUUUCCCAGCUACCCAGUAUCAAUUGUUAAACCAAGUCGAGCAGAAAUGACUAAGGAUGUCAAACUGGCGAAGAAACUUUGUAACAAAAUCCCAGCUACAAUUCUGCACCGAGAUGUUAGACGCUUGGUGGUUUUGAUUCCUGUUGAAGAACAAAGAGAUUCAAGUCCUGCCAAAAUGGGUGUGUGACCUCCUUGGGUCAUCUGACCAGUAGGUCAAGUGGGAGGUGUUAAGUUCAUUUAGGAAUUGAGUGAGAUGUAUUCCUCAUUAAGUAAGGAAGAGUCCAUCUGAUUAAAUUAACCUUGAUUAAAAGCAGUAGAUCUAUUGGUUGUGAACCCGCAGUAUAACCUGGAGGAGUUCCGGAAGCUGAUUGGCCAUCAAAACUUCACAUGUUAAAUAGAACCAGGUGUGCUUUGGUGAUUAGUAGUGAGCAGAGGGAUCUCUGUAGGCAAGGUUAAUGUGCUUCUCCUACCCAAGUUGGUGGUGCUACUGAUACUGGAGAAAGAUUGCUAAAGCAUGUUUGGAGUAAACCAAAUGCUGAGACGGCGGUGAAAAGCCACAAUGUGUUCAUCAACUUUAUAGAAGCUACUGGUUAUUAAGCUAAGCAUCUGAGCUAAGCAUCUGAAUUGAACUCUGAAAAUAAGCAGAAGAAGACCAAGUUGCUGUUAAAAGAUUUUAAUAAAGUGCUUCAAUGAAGAAUC